AUGCGUACCUUGCAUCAGCUCGCUGAAGAUGAAACUGUUAACUUCCCUCAAGAAUCUGCAAUAAUAAAAUCAGAUAUUUACAUGGAUGACCUGAUGACAGGAGCCUCCACCGAAGAAGAUGCAAUAAGGCUACAAAGUGGCUUGACAGAGCUACUUAAUCGUGGUGGUUUCAAACUACACAAGUGGUCGUCUAACAGUGAAUCAGUGUUGUCUAAAAUCCCAAAUGACGAUAGAGAGUCACAAAGUGUAGUGCAUAUUAAGGUUCAAGGUACAAUUAAGGCAUUAGGUAUAGUAUGGAAUUCACAGACAGACAAUUUUGAGCUAAAAUUAAACUUAGAUUGUGAUACUGAACUCAUUACUAAAAGAAAUGUACUCUCUGCUAUAGCUAAGACUUUUGACCCUCUGGGUUGGUUGGCACCGGCUAUCAUUUGUCUUAAAAUAUUUAUGCAAAAGCUGUGGUUAGCGGGCUUAGACUGGGAUGAAGAAUUGACUCCAGAGUUGAAAGCUGAAUGGUUGACUUACAUUGAAAAUUUUGCAAAUGCACAAACCAUUGAGCUUCCACGCUGGCUCUUCAUUUCAAAUGUAACGUCUGAAAUUGAACUUCAUGGAUUUUGUGAUGCAUCUUGUGUUGCUUAUGCUUGUGUUGUGUACCUCAGAGUUCGGGAUGGUGACAAAGUUAAUAUUCGUUUGAUUGCUGCCAAAUCACGGGUAGCUCCUGUAAAACAAGUAUCACUACCUCGUCUUGAACUUUGUGGUGCAGUAUUACUGGCUAGGAUGCUAAGAGUAUUGAUACUGGAAUUAAAGAUUGAUAAAAGUAAUGUGUACGCUUGGACAGAUUCUACCAUCGUUUUGGCUUGGUUGCGGAAAACUCCUAAUAACUGGUCUACUUUUGUUGCUAAUCGCACGGCUGAAAUUUUGACUUGUACAAAUAGCUCUCAAUGGCAUCACAUUCCCUCUAUUUGUAAUCCUGCUGAUGUAGCCUCGCGUGGAAUUAAUCCAAUUGAAUUACAGCAGUCAGAACUAUGGUGGAAUGGCCCUACAUUUUUAAAACAACCAACUGUUAUUGCAAAUGAUAGUCACAUUCCUGAAACAAAUUUAGAAUUAAAAACAAAGGUACUUACUCAUGUUUGUUUAAAUGAAAAUUUUAUUGAUUCUUAUCUGUAUAAAUUCUCAAACCUUUCCAAAUUAGUCCGUGUGACAGCAUAUUGUCAGAGAUUCAUACAAAAUUGUAAACUUAAAGGGCAAAGGAAUAUUAGUUCAUUUUUAACUGCAACUGAACUAAAAAGUUCAUUAAAUCUUUGUAUUAAAUUAUCACAACACAAAUAUUUUGAAAUUGAAAUUGAUUGUUUGUCACAAGGGAAAUGUGUCCCUAAGAAAAGUAAAUUGUAUACUCUUAAUCCUUACCUUGAUAAAGAUCAAAUUGUAAGAGUGGGUGGGCGACUCCGCAAUGCAGAAAUACCUCCUUAUCAAAAGUCACCUAUUGUUUUAAGUCACAAUUGUCAACUAUCCAAAUUAAUAACUAUUGAUGCUCACAUAAGGACACUGCAUGGAGGUCAUCAACUCACAUUAAACUAUAUAAGACAAAAAUACUGGAUAUUUAGAGUUAAAAACUUAACCAAAAUUGUUAUUAAAAAAUGUAUUCCUUGUUUUAAACAAAGCGCUGUACCUCACUUUCCAUUUAUGGGUAAUCUACCUCACUAUAGAGUACGGCCUGAUCGUCCCUUCAGGACUACAGGCACAGACUUUGCAGGACCUUUUAGCUUAAAACUGUACCCAGGUAGAUGUAAAAAACUUUGUAAAGCUUAUAUUUGUCUUUUUGUGUGUACUGUAACAAAAGCCAUUCACCUGGAAGUAGUAAGUGACUUGACCUCUUCUGCCUUUAUAGCCGCGUUUAAAAGAUUUACAGCUCGACGUGGUCACUGUAAGGAUAUGUGGAGUGACUGCGGUACAAAUUUUGUUGGGGCUUCACGGGAAUUAGAUAUAGUUUUUAAAAAUGUUAAAUCUCAUGUUGUUUCAGAAAUUUCAGAAUUAUUAGCUAAUGACCAAACAAACUGGCACUUUAUACCACCUCACUCUCCUCACUUCGGGGGAUUGUGGGAGUCCGGGGUGAAAUCAGUAAAAACACAUUUGAAAAGAGUUAUUGGUCAAACUUCCCUUACUUUUGAGGAGUUUUAUACUCUUUUAACACAAAUCGAGUCAUGUGUAAACUCCCGUCCUUUAACCUUAAUUAAUUCUUCCUUAGAUGAACCUCCAUUAACACCUGGACAUUUUUUGAUUGGCGAGCCUCCGUUCGUUGUGCCUGAUGAACCACUUGAAAAUGUAAAAUUGAGUCCCCUUCAACGCUGGCGCAUGUUACAGCAAAUGAUGCAAAGCUUUUGGCACCGCUGGCAAAAUGAAUAUUUAGUUUCCCUCCAAAAUCGUUCUAAAUGGAAUAAGGGUUGUCCAGACAUAAAGAUUGGUACUAUUGUUCUAGUGAAAGAUGAUAGACUGCCACCAGGCAAAUGGCUUUUGGGUCGAGUAAUUGAUAAACAUCCAGGUGUGGAUGGCAUAACUAGAGUAGUGACACUUCAAAAUAAAACUAAAAAGUUUAAAAGACCUAUAGUCAAGCUAUGCCCUCUACCCAUGGACGAUUGA